AUUUAUUUAACUUGUGUUUAAUUUCCAGGGACAUUUGGUGGAUGCCACUCAUGUGAUGCAUCCUGUAAGACCUGCUUUGGCCCACAGGCACUGGAUUGUUCCUCCUGUUUCCAAGGAUAUUUCUUAGAUCUGGAGGGUUCUUGUGUAGUGCAGUGUCCAUCAGGCUCUUACGCAAACCCUGCAACCCGGCUAUGUGAAGAGUGCUCACCAAACUGUGAGGAUUGUGUGGACAGCAGUGAUAAUUGCAUCAGCUGCCCCAAAGGCAAUAACAAACUUUUUCUGCACCAAGGCCGAUGCUGGUCAAAUUGCCCAGAGGGCUCCUUUGAGACUCCAGACGGAUUAUGUGAGGCCUGUGAUAGCUCCUGUUUGACCUGUGAUGAAAACAAAUUUCAGUGUCUGUCCUGUCCUGAUGGCCAUUACCUGGAGAGUGGAACAUGCAGACUAAACUGUUCACUGCGGACAUACCCAGCAGACGAUGGGACCUGCAGACGUUGCCCCCCUCACUGUGACGUUUGCUCUGAUGACAGAACCUGUUUCAAAUGUACGUUCCUCUACUUGAUGCUGAACGGUGUGUGCAAGGCCAGCUGUCCUGUGGGUUAUUAUGAGGACAUGGAAGAGGGCCUCUGUGCUCAGUGCCACCCUACUUGUGGCAGCUGCUCUGGGCCGCUGGCAGAUGACUGUGAGACCUGCUCGACCUUCAGUCCCAGACUCUAUAAAGGUUCAUGUCUCAAAGAAUGUCCCAUGGGUACAUACUAUGAGGUGGCAGCUAUGGAGUGUCAAGAAUGCCACCAGACGUGCAUGAGCUGCAGUGGCCCAGACCCAAACCAGUGCACCCAGUGCGAGAGGGGACUAGUACUGGAUCCCAACACUUUACUGUGUGGCGUCACAGGCGACGGGACCUGCCCAACGAGAACUUACCUGCACGAUGAUCAGUUCACCUGCAUAGGUUGCCACCAGCACUGUUAUUCCUGUCAGGGCCCUGGCAACGAUGAGUGUCUGACCUGUGCCGCCCCCAGAUACCUUCACAACAGUAGCUGUGUGGAUGAAUGUCCUGCUGGUACAUACUCCACAAGGCAGGAAGCUGAUGGACAGGAGCUGGGACUCUGUUUGCCCUGUGACCAUGUCUGCUCCACUUGCACUGGGGCUUCACCUCGAGACUGCCUGACAUGCUCUGUUGGAUACCUGAGGCUCUUACAGCUCUGCGUCCUCCACUGUCCCCCGGGGUAUUACAAACAGGGCUCUCACUGCCAAAAAUGUGACCCGUCCUGCGAGCUGUGUUCAGGACCAGGCCCUGAAUCCUGCAGGGCUUGUCUCCCUCCUCUGUUGGAGCUACAAGGCACCAAGCUGUGUGUCGAACGCUGCCCCCACCGCUUCUAUCAGGUUGAUGACAUCUGCAAACAGUGCCAUACCAGUUGUCAGACUUGCACAGAUGCUUCGCCUCAAGGCUGCCUGACAUGCGACUCGGGGAGCACUCUGAGGGACAAAGUCUGCUACCCACGCUGUGAGGAGGGCCGAUACUUCUCAGAAAUGGAAACCUGUGAGCCGUGUGACAGCUCCUGCAGGCAUUGUGUUGGCCCCAGACCUGACCAGUGUCUGACCUGUCACAGAGACUUUGCCCUCCAUGCUGUAGAGAACCGCUGCUCCCGCUGCUGCCAGGCUGCAGUGAAUCAAACCAGCUGCUGUGUUUGUGACACUCGCUCAGCUCUGUGUGUGGAGACUCCACAGCCUAGGUCAGGAGACGGUAAGGAAUCAGACACGAACAUGUCCUCCCGAGCAUUAAAGCACACCUCAGCUGCUUUGCCCGUCACCCUGCUGCUGGCGGCGGGCCUGGCCCUGGCUGUGUUUGCCUUGAUCAAGGCCCACGCCAGGAGGAGGCUUUGCUGGAACCAGAGCUACGAGAGACUGAGCGGCAGCGGCAGCAUCAACAUGCCCCACGGCGUGCCCGAGCCUGACAGCGGCGAUGAGGUAGACGUAGUUUACACCAGCAGAGGAGGAUCCGUUUACAGGCGCUACAGCUUCAUCCUGGAGCAGGACACAGAUACAGACCAAGAUGUCCCUGUUAGUCAGUCUUAGAUGCAGCCAUGUAAGGGUGAACUGUUACUGACUGAUUAUCAGUGUAAAUUUGGGUUCAAAAGUCACUUCGUUUAUGGGAGAUUGUUUAUAUACAAUCAUUCUAUUAUUUUUGGGGCUUUUAAUGAUUUUUUGAAUGUUCUUUUUUAAAUUAAAAUAACGAUUUUUAAAAAUAAGAUCUGUAUGCACACAUUUGAAUUUGUAGUGGAAUUUACCUUUUUCUUCUUAGGGUCAAAGGUAAUCAUUAAAGAUGAAAUUUGCUCUAAUGCUUCUUUCAAUUGGUGAGGUUUGGACAGAAAGAGGCGUUUAGACCGUUGCCUUGAAUCAGCAAGUUUCUGGUCUGAUUCUUGGUUGUUAUUUGAGUGGUCUACUCUUCAGAAAUGGCAGAGUUCAUUAUACAGUUACUAAACUACUUUCCCACUUUAGGGCAUUUAGUACAUUUUUAGCAGGGUUAAGAUCUUGCCGGGCAACAUGAGAGGGUUAAUCUUCGCCUCCUUCAUCCAUCUAUAAACUACUCUUUAAACUGUGCUUUGGGGUUUCAUUAUUUUUAUUGUUUGAUAUUAUGAUCACAUGCAUCACUAUUCCUUAUUAUAUAUGUUAUGGCAAACAGUUUUUGAUAUUUAAUAUGUUACAG